CCGUUGGUAAAAGGGAACAGAGAAAGCAAUGUAUUGGGCUAGUAAUGACAUUGCUCAUUGCGUGUAUCCACGAAGUAGCCACGUGAGAGAGGUGAUGGGAUCGAGGGUUAGAAAGAAAGAAAUGAGCGAGGAAUUCUGGAUUUGAACCCAGGUCAGUGUGGCUGUCGUUUGCCAUUCUGCUCUACAUGUUCCUGCCCGUCGAUAAGCAUUUCCUCUAAGGGCCCAAGCCUAAAUGAAGCAGAGAGUUGACUCCAGAUAAUGAAUCCUUCUCUGCCUGAGUUUCUCUCCUCCGUGGGAUCUUUCUCUGAUUCAUUUACAGAUGUUAUAUUCUCCAGAUGAUACACCCUACCAAAAAGUACCCCAUGGACCAGGUUAAAAGAGAGCAUAUUAGAGGAAAAGACAUUUCGUCUAUGACAAAAUUAUAAAUUACAGUAUCUUUAUUUUCGGAAGAGGGGUUCAAAUGCCCAAGCAUUCUUAUUCAGGAAGGAAGAAAAGAAGAAACACAAACAGCCAAUAAUUAUAUGAAAAGACGAUCAACCUCUAGUUGUCAAAGCAGUACAGAUUAAAACAAGGAGCCAUUGACCUUCAGGGACGUGGCGGUGGUCUUCACCGAGGAGGAGCUGAGGCUGCUGGACCCCUCCCAGAGGAAGUUGUACCGAGACGUGAUGCUGGAGAACUUCAGGAACCUGCUGUCUGUGGGAGACAAGAAUGCAAAGGAAAUGGAGUAUAUUCCAGAAAGAGAAUUAAAGGGCCUUUCCUACAGAGAGGUCUCCUGCUGGAAAAUCUGGGAAGAGGUGGCUGGUGAAUUAACUGGGAGUCGGAAUCAUAGAGGAAAUCUUCAAGGGAGAGGUUUCCAGUUCUCAGAAGACGCUUCUCACUGCCAAGGGUGGGAAGGAGCCCCUGCCCGGGGUUCACACAUUGACAAUUUGGUGGGCAGUCUUCAGGGACCCAUCGGUUCAGAAAAUCGAGUGUUUCCACCAUGGAAAGCUGUAAGAGCGGUACCCGCUCAAGAUUCUUGGAUGAAAGCCUUUGUGAAUGAGCCAUGGAACAGUCGAGAAAGGUGUAAAAAAUUUGACAGGCAAGAUAUAAUAUAUAAACAUGAGGGGGAUGGUUACGGCUUCGGCUGGAUAUCACGUCACAAUGACCACAGGUUACCUGAAACAGAGAGACCCUGUGAUUGCGGUCAGUGUGGAAAGGACCGCAUUAAAAAGCGGGUACUUCACCAUUGCCCUGACCCCCCAGAGCAUGACCGGACAAGAAAUGAAUGUGGAAGCGACUUCAGGGAAGAAUCACGCGUUCCCACUGAUCCCAGAGGGCCCUGGAGAGAGAGAAACCACAAAAACGAGUUGGGUCUGGGCUUGAGGCUAACUGGCCACCUUGAGAGACUCCAAAGGCCUCCCUCGGUGGAGAAAGCCUCUAAAAGUCCAGAGCGGGGUGGGGGCCCGAGGCAGAACCCGCGCGGGCCCCACCGGCCCCGGGCCCCCACCGGCGAGAUGCCCUACCGGUGCGACGUGUGCGGCAAGGGCUUCCGGUACCAGUCCAUCCUCCUCAUCCACCAGGGCGUGCACACGGGCAGGAAGCCCUACGCGUGCGAGGAGUGCGGGAAGGCCUUCGGCCGCAGCUCCAACCUGCUAGUGCAUCAGAGGGUGCACACGGGUGAGAAGCCGUAUAAGUGCGCCGAGUGCGGCAAGGGCUUCAGCUACAGCUCGGUGCUGCAGGUGCACCAGCGGCUGCACACGGGCGAGAAGCCCUACGCGUGCGGCGAGUGCGGCAAGGGCUUCUACGCCAGGUCGGCCUUGCACAAGCACCAGCACGCGCACCCCGGGGAGAGGCCCUACAGCUGCGGCCAGUGCGGCAAGGGCUUCGCCUGCAGCUCCCACCUCAGCAGCCACCAGAAGGCGCACGCGGCCCAGAAGCCCUACCAGUGCGACAAGUGUGACAAGGGCUUCAGCUACAACUCGUACCUGCAGGCGCACCAGCGUGUCCACACCGGGCAGCGGCUCUUCGAGUGUGACGUGUGUGGCAAGAGUUUCAGCUACAGCUCGGGGCUGCUCAGGCACCAGCGGCUGCACACGGGCGAGAAGCCCUACAAGUGCGAGUGCGGGAAGGGCUUCGGCCGCAGCUCGGACCUGCACGUGCACCAGCGGGUCCACACCGGCGAGAAGCCCUAUAAGUGCGGCGAGUGCGGGAAGGGCUUCCGGCGGAAUUCAGACCUGCACAGUCACCAGCGGGUCCACACGGGCGAGCGGCCCUUCGUGUGCGGCGCGUGUGGGAAGGGCUUCAUCUACAGCUCCGACCUGCUCAUCCAUCAGAGGACGCACACGGGCGAGAAGCCCUACAAGUGCGCCGAGUGCGGCAAGGGCUUCAGCUACAGCUCGGGGCUCCUCAUCCACCAGAGGGUCCACACUGGCGAGAAGCCCUACAGAUGCGCUGAAUGUGGCAAGGGCUUCCGCUGCACCUCGAGCCUCUACAAGCAUCAGCGGAUCCACACGGGCAAGAAGCCCUACACGUGCGACCAGUGCGGCAAGGGCUUCAGUUACGGCUCCAACCUGCGCACCCACCAGCGGCUGCACACGGGCGAGAAGCCCUACACGUGUUAUGAAUGCGGCAAGGGCUUCCGAUAUGGCUCGGGGCUCCUGAGUCACAAGAGGGUGCACACCGGGGAGAAGCCCUAUAGGUGUGACGUGUGCGGGAAGGGCUACAGUCAGAGCUCUCACCUGCAGGGUCACCAGAGGGUCCACACGGGUGAGAAGCCCUACAGAUGUGGGGAGUGCGGGAAGGGCUUUGGCCGAAGCUCCUGUCUCCACGUGCACCAGAGAGUCCACACCGGCGAGAAACCCUACAAGUGCGGGGAGUGCGGGAAGGGCUUCAGUUACAGCUCAGGCCUGCGGAACCAUCAACGGGUGCACGGCAGCGAGAAACCCGACAAGUAGGCGUGUGUGGGGCUGGCACCCCGAGCUUUGUAGUCACCAGAGUGCCAGCACGGGAGGAAGCCUUUGGGAACAUGGUGUGUAGGGUCGGCCACGGUUGGUGGGAAGGGGGCUGACCAGGUCAUGGUGGCCCUUUCUGAAGGGGAAGCGAAGACCCGGAAGGCUGAGAAAUGGAAAGAGCAUUUAAGUCCCAGGCUUCUGUCCCCAAGUGUCCCCAAGAGUCUGUCGCAUGGUGGAUUGUCCUCAAGGAAGUAGGACGGGGCCUCAGUAAAUAUCGUCACUCUCAUCAGAGUUGGCCCAGGAGGGAGCUUUUAUGAAUGAUAAUGAGUAGGUUGUGAGCAUGGAUUCCUUGUGGGGUCGGGGGGUGGAAAUACCUUCAGAUGGGAUGGGACAGGUGUAGGAAAGAGUGCUUACCUUACCAAAACCGAUAUUGUGUGUACGUCUUAGAAGAUGGUUUUUACCAAAAAAAAAAAAAAAAAAAAAAAAAAAAGGUGACAUUACCAUUGGUUGAGGCCAAUGGCUUUUAGAAGAGCCUGAACAGUUGGAGGGAGGGUGUGGGAGGGCCCCCUUCCCUGCAGGUCUGGAUGAUGUGUCUCCAUCACGCUUUUUAUGUCCCGUUGCGGUGAACGUGUUUUAUCUCCUAGAUAUAAAGUGCUCUCCUAGAGAAAUACUGAACUGCAGGGCUGUUUCAUUUCAUCAGGUUGUUUUGUUUUGUGUUUGUUUUUGUUUGUUUGUUUUUAAGUAGGCUACAUGCCCAGCGUGGAGCCCAACAUAGGGCUUGAACUCACUCACAGCCCCGAGAUCAAGACCUGAGCUGAGAUCAAGAGUCGGAUGCUCGAGCGACUGAGCCGCCCAGGCGCCCCUCAUUUUAUUGGGUUUUAAAAGCAAAAGCCCGUUGGCAUUGCACUGAAUUUAUAGUUUAUUUUAUUGUUAUGAAUAUAAUUCUUCUGCCCCGUUUCAUUCAUAGUGUUCUUAAACCAGACAAGGCAGCCAUUAGAGCAUCUUAAAGAAUCAGAAACACCAUUUUAACUUGUCGGAACAGCUGUGGUAAAAUAGUCACCAGAGCCACCAUCGGUGGGGAAUCCAUGGAAACGUACACCUGUGAAUUUAUUGGUAGGGGUGAGAAAAGUAGUCUUUUGGGGAAAAAAUUUGUCAGUGUGUCAAGUUCAGUUUGUAUUAACCUUUGAAGUGGCACUAAGUGUGGAGUAAGUGAUAUUCCGGAAAUAGUUGCACAUGUGGAAAAAGAUGUAUGCGUAUGGCUGAGUUUCUUAGCGUUUUUCUUAGCAUAGCAAAAAAAAAGUUAAUACUCCAAGUGUAAUAAAUUAAGGCACAUGUAAAUGAAUGAAAAUCACUAAAAAUAUUCAGAUACACUUACAUUGACAUUGAAGGUUGCCCAAAAAUUAUAUUGUGAACCAGGAAAGUUGGAGAACCAUUUUAAUAUGGGCCCGUUUUGUUAAUACGCUUUGUGUGCGUAUGUUUAGAGAGAGAGAGAGAGAGAUGAAAAUGUGUGAAAGGUUAGUAUGAUAACUGCUUAUCUCUAGUAAGUGGGAUGUGGGGUGUAUAAUACAUUGGUGUACUUAUAUGUUUUUUAUUUUUUAACAAAGAGCAUAUAUCAAUUUUAUAACAAUAGUAAAGCUAUUUUUUAAAAAAAUUAGUCUGGCGGAACAGUGCCUUAUGUCAAAGAUCCAUGUCACAACUUCUGUAAUUUUGUUGCUGUUGCUUUUUCUGCUGUGUAUACUUGGCACCUAGUACCAAAUAUAAGGUAUACAGAUGAAUGGAGAAAUUUGUGACUUAGAUGCUCUCUUAACUGGAUGCAUCAUUUUUGUUGGCUUGGUCGGAAAGGUUGACCUGGGUAAUUGGGAGGAACUUUGGUGCUCUGCUCUGCAUU